CCCGCCCUGCACUGUAACCCUGGUCCUUUUCCGCUUCCUGAUGAAAGGGGCUGAUGAGGGGGACCGGCUACAUGGCCUGUCCCUGGCAGUCUCCUUUGGUAGGCCUGCCAGUCCGUCCGUCUGCCUGCCUGUCUGUCUGUCUGCCUGUGGGUCGGUCUGUGUGGUUGGGGUGCCGAGCGCGGCAUUGUCUAGGCCUGCGGCGGCCUGCCUCCAUGCCGAGGCCACCGAGACACACCUCUGCAGACGCAGGGACAUGCUCGUGACGUCAGGGUCCGGGAUACAGAAAAAAAGUGUUCAGCAAGGCUAUCUCGUUUCGUUUCGUUUGGUUUGGUUUCACCCUCAGUAGUAAGAACACCCCUUUGUUGCAGUCGCCAUUUUGGAUAGCCAAUUGUCGCACGUUCUUCAAAGCGCCCUCUUUAACCGACGACUGAAACAGAACUCUCCUGGCCUUUCCUUGGCCUGUUAAAUUUGAGCGCCGUGGCAUCGCUAGAAACCAGUUUCAGGCGUAUCGUACCUGCAGCGGCACCGUGAAAGAAGGGGAUAAUUCAACUUGACCCCUUGGCUUUCACGUUUCCGACACUAUGACGGGGCUCUCACUCGACUCACCCCUUUUUCCGCUUCGCCACUGGUGGCUCGGCCCGUCGCCAGCCCUGCCUGUCGCACCCAGACCGGCUCGUCGGGGCCGGAAGUUGCCGAGGAGAUUUUGGGGAACGACUCCGGACACGCGGACGCAUGUGGUGGUGGAGCUGUACGAGACGGAGCGGUCCUACGUCGAGUCGUUGGACUUCUUGGUCAAGGAGUACAUGCAGCCCCUCAAACGGUCGGAGAAUGCGGGCAUGGUUGACUCGGAGCUCGUCGAGCAAAUAUUCUACCAGGUUCCUGCCAUCCUGUGCCACCACCGGGAGUUCCUGGAGGACCUUCAGCAGAGGCUCGAGAAUUGGGACUUCCAGCAGAAAGUCGGGGACGUGCUCCUGAACGCGUUCACGAAGCGUUCCGUCAUCGACACCUACACCGCCUUCAUCAAUAACUGGAAGACGGCCAAGGAAGCCAUCAAGAGCACCUGCCAGGCCAAGCCCGCCUUUGCCAGAUACCUCGAGGCGAUGGCGAGAGAGCACAAGGGCAGACUGGCCCUGGACUCACUGCUCAUCAAGCCGGUACAGAGGAUCCCCAGAUACGAGCUUCUCAUCGGGAGGCUGCUGAAGCACACGGACCCCUCGCACACGGACCACAGCCUGCUGCUGGACGCGCAGCGCGAGAUCCACGAGCUGGCCGUCAAGAUCAACUGCACCGAGAGGGAGAGUCUGGAGGCCGAGCAGCAGCAGCAGACGCUGCGCGACCUGGAGGCGCUCGUGGACGGCUGCGAACUGGUGUCCCAGGGCCGCGUGUUCCUGCGGCACGACAUGGUGACCCUGGCGUCCAACACCGGCCAGGGCGGCGGCACCCGCAAGGAGCGCGUCCUCUUCCUCUUCUCCGACCUGGUGGUCAUCGCGCGCACCAAGAGGAACAUCCGGAAGCCCUCCGCUGCGGGGUCCAGCACGAGUGUUGCCAGUGGGCUGGAGGGAAACCGGUACCGCUGCAGCAUGAAGGCAGUCCUAGACGAUCUGGAGAUUGUCAAAGCCAAAGACGAGAGUCUGCGUCGCGCGAUGAGGGAGAUGGAGCAGCUGUCCGAAGACGUGGCCGCGCUCACGCAAAUCACGGAGCUGGCGUCGUCCCUGCACCUGCCGCAGCCCCAGUCGCAGCAGCAACAACAACAACAGCUGCAGCAACAGCAACAACAGCAGCAGCAGCAGCUGGAGGAGCUGGCGCGCGACCUGCUGAGCGCGGCCUGCCGACAAUUGGCCGAGCGGCAGAACUCGGACAGCCAGCUGUCCUGCCUCGACCUCACCGUCAACACCUCAAAUGGUGUCGAAAACAUAACUGUGAUAUUCACCAAGCCUGAUAAAAGAGCCAGUUGGGAGGAGACCUUCAACGAGGCUAAAACACGACUGGCGCUGUCGGCGGACCGGCGGCCGUCGCCGAAGUUCAAGACGUCGGUGCCGAUCCGCAAGACCCGCGCCGGCCUGCAGUUCACCUGCGCCGCCCCCACCCUGGCUGGUCCCGGGUGCGCGGGGGCCGCGCCGGCGGCGGCGGGGGUGGCGGGGGCCGCCUCCGGCAUGAGGGACGUGUGGGUGUGCAACUCGGACGGCUACGUCGGCCAAGUGUGCGUGCUGUCCCUGGUGCCGGAGCCCAAUGUCACCUCCUGCAACGGCGUCUGCAACGCGCGCAUCCUCUGCGUCGCCGCCAUCCCGGCCACACCUCCAGCCCCCGGGCCGUCCAACUCCAGCCCCAACUUGAGCCAGAGCCAGCAGGUGACCAACAGCAAGGCCGGCAUCAGCAUAUCCGUGGAGGACACGGACAAGGCGGGGCGGAACCUCCACCUGGACAGCAGCAGUUCGUCCGACGAGUUCGAGGACGACAACGACUCGGGCGCCGCGGGAACGGCGGCCUCGUCUGGAGCCGCCCCCGCCCCCAACCCCACCCCCGGCACGGCGGACGACGGGCUCGCGCAGCCCACCAUGUGGCUGGGCACGGAGGACGGCUGCAUCCACGUGUACAGCUGCAACGACAACAUCCGCAUCAAGAGGAACAAGGUCAAGAUCCAGCACGGCGCCGCGGUGCACUGCAUCAUGUACUUUGACAACAGAGUCUUCGUGUCCCUGGCCAACGGUGACAUCACGGUCUACAGUAGAGACCAAGCCGGCGGAUGGAACACCUCCGACCCCUACACGGUGGCCGUGGGCUCGGCGGCGUGCCCCGUCACGCGCAUGGUGCCCAUCGCGGGUCGCUUGUGGUGCAGCUGCCAGCACACCAUCAAAGUGCUCAACACGAACACGCUGCAGGUCGAGCAAACUGUCGUCGCUGCGGACAGCAACAGGUCCGUGACCUCGUUUGUGGUAUCCGGGUUGGCAGUCUGGCUUUCAGUACAAAACUCAGCAGUAUUAAAGCUCUAUCACGCCUCUACAUUUGAACACCUCGGGGAAGUUAAUGUGGCGCCAGCUGUGACCAAAAUGCUUGCAAGUUGUGACGACAUAAUCCGACAACACAAAGCUGCAUGCCUUCGCGUCACGUCCCUUUUGGCGUGCAAAGAUUUGCUAUGGAUUGGCACCAGUGCUGGGGUCAUUCUGACAAUGCCUCUGCCUCAUGUCGCUCCAGGAACCUCAAGGCUAACGUCAACACCAAACGUCUCAGGAGUCCCACAUGGGCACACGGGCCAUGUCCGCUUCCUGACCGUUGUCGAGGCCAGUGCGACUGGAACCAGUUCGGCUGCACUGCCGCAGCCCCAUCACAACAGACACUCGUGGAAACACAAGGGUGACCAGGCAGGCCCUGGCAACACCAACAAGCUCCUCGUCAUCUCGGGGGGAGAUGGCUACGAAGACUUCCGAACGUCCAGUGUGUCUGAGGUCGCAGGCAAGGAAGAUUCCACCAAUCAUCUCCUUAUGUGGCAAGUGUGAAGGACCGACAGCAAAAACUGUGACUAAAGUAAGAAAUUAAAUUGUGAUAGCUCUCAUCAACAUUAAAGCACCAACCGCACUCAAUUCUCGAAGUGUAACCAUUGGUGUGAAAGUGCAGCAAAUAAUGUGAAGAGAUGGUGAACUAGUAAAUUCACUAGUCAUUAUUAUUACUAUGAUUAUUAUUACUAUAAUUAUUAUAUUACUAUUAUUAUCACUUUUAUUAUCAUUGAAGACAGAGUGCAUAAUCAUGGGAAACAUGUAUAUUGUGGGUUACUUUUUAAUGUAACCAAUCCAGAACCUGAAUCAAAAAUAAUGUAAGCUUCCUGUGGAUGUUCUGAAUUAUUUUAAGUACUACCUGUUCUUGUUCUUUUUUUUCAGUGAUAUUACAUCAAGCGACUGAUGCAUUUCUAGAGUAAUUUUUAUGGUUGUAUAUAAGAAUACACUCCUUCUGGACAUUACUUUCGUUAGACUACUGAUAAAAUGUUGGCACAGAAUAUUGCGUCUUCUGACGUGGUUCUGACGCCGGAUACAGGGAAUUCAUUUAUCACUAGGAAUUCUGCUGUCAUGUUGUUUUUUCUUUUUUGUUUUUGUUAUUUUGUUCUUGCCGUUUUUUUAAAUCCUUUACAUUUUUCUUGUUUUGGGAUGUGGGUGGAAAGAUCACCCUCUUGCUUCUAUUUUGUAUGAUUUGCUCCCGAACUCGAUAACAGUUAAGUAACGAGUGCCUUGACUGGGGGCUUCGUGAAAAUAAAUUUGCCAGUCACCCAUGUCAGACAGAAGAAAAUAAAAUUCGAUACAGAAACCAAUAAACUGUUAUGAACUGUAA